AUGUCACAAAAAAGGACGCAUUCCCCCACUGGUGAAGAAAAAGGAAAAAAGAAGAAACCAGAGGAAGAGAUGAAACGGCAACAUAAAGCCAUGGCGUCCUCCCGUGAUCCUCCAGUGUUCUGUGACAUCUGUGAUGAAAGAAAGCAGAAAGCUGUGAAGACCUGCCUGACGUGUCAAAGCUUUUACUGUGACUCUCAUCUGGAGCCUCAUCACAGAGUCCCGCGUCUAAAGAAACACACACUGAUCAACGCUGUGGAAAAUCUGGAGGAUUAUAUAUGCCAGAAACACGAGAGACCUCUGGAGCUGUUCUGUAGAGAUGAUCAGACGUGUGUUUGUCUGUCCUGCACUGAAGGAGAACACAGGACUCACAACACUGUUCCUAUAGAGGAGGAGAGUCGAGAGAAGAAGACUGCCGUUUGUCAGAUGAUCCAGGACAGAAUAAAGAAGAUUCAAGAGAUCCAGCACUCAGUAGAGCUGGGAAAGAAAAACACAGAGAAAGAUAAAUCCCCCAGUGAUAUGAUUUUCAAUGUUCUGAUUGGCUACAUUGAGAGAUGUCGGUCUGAUCGGAUGGAGAUGAUAGAGGGACAGCAGAAAGCAGCAGAGAAACAGACUGAAGAUCUCAUUAAAGAGCUGCAGCAGGAAAUCACUGAGCUGAAGCAGCUCUCACACACUGACGAUCAUCUCCAUCUCAUACAGAUGAGCUCAUCCUUGUACAGUCGUCCCCACACCAAGAACUGGACUGAGAUCAGGAUUGACUCUGGUGUGAACUCUAUGUAUAGAGCUCUUGCUCAACUGAAGAAAACUCUAGAUACAAUAAUGGAAAAACUCAGUCCAACAGGGUUGAAGUUUGUACAGAACUAUGCAGUGGAUGUGACUCUGGAUCCUGAUACAGCGAAUCCAUAUCUCAACCUGUCUGAUGAUGGAAAACAAGUCAGUUGUGGAGACAUUGAGCAGGACGUCCCAAAAAACCCAAAGAGAUUUGAUGUGGUUUGCUGUGUUCUGGCAAAGCAGGGAUUCAGUUCAGGGAGAUUUUACUAUGAGGUGCAGGUGAAGGGAAAGACUAAGUGGGAUUUAGGAGUGAUCAGAGAAUCCAUUAACAGGAAGGGGACGAUCAGACUGAGUCCUGAUAAUGGAGUCUGGACUGUGAUUUUGAGGAAUGAAAAUGAAUAUUUUGCUUGUGAAAAUUCAUCUGUCUCUUUAUCUCUGAGAGUGAAACCUGAGAAGGUUGGUGUGUUUGUGGAUUAUGAGGAGGGUCUGGUCUCUUUUUAUGACGUGGAGUCCAGAUCUCAUCUCUACUCUUUCACUGCUCAGACUUUCACUGACAAACUCUAUCCAUUUUUUAACCCAUGCCCCAAUGGUAAAGGUAAAAACUCAAACCCACUGAUCAUCACUCCUGUCAGUUAAAA